AUGGAACCCUCCUCCUCACCACCACAGUACCCAGGUCCGCCCGACCCAGCCCCCGUAAGAAUAACCACCACGAACAUCGAACUCGGAGACCCCGACCUUAAAAUCCACAUCCACCCCCACAGCCUCCUCGUCAGCAUCACCCGUAAAGACCACCAGAUCCUCCCCACAGUCCUCCACUACUGGGACCACGACUCGUCGAUCGCGAUCUUAACAAAGCUCACGGAAAACCAGUUACAGCAUAUCCGCGGAUUCCAAGAGGUAGGAACCUUUUCUCCGCCUGUAGAGGAGGUUAGUGACUCGUUGGCGCUGCAUCGGCAUUUUACGCCCUUUGUCGCUGGGAAGGGGAAUCGGGAGGCUGUGGAUUUUGUUGUGGGUAGGUUGGAGGGAGUCGGUGAUGGGAUAGUGGGUGUUACUUUGCAGAUUUUUAUUAUUUCGGUGUUUGGUGUUGAGUGUGGGAGUUUAUUGAGGGGUGGAUUGGCGCCAGUGUGGAAGUGGGCGAAGCCGGAGAGUGUCUAUUAUCGGAAGACGGGGUUCUGGGAAGCGGAGGUUGAGUCUGCCAUUACUGAUGGUGAGUGGACGGCGGGGAGAGGGUUGCAACUGCUUGUGCAGGGGGUUUCUGAGGAGAGGAAGCAGAAACUGAGAUGUACUAGGAGCAAGCAUAUCAUCUAAUAUGUUUAGAGGUUGCCUCUUUGAUGGAUGGCAAUGAUGCGGGUGUGUAUGAGGAAUGAUAAUUCCUUUAGUAAAACACUAGUAUUGAAAUCUUAUCACGUAAUGUUCUAGAUAAACCCACAGGAAUAACAUCAGCCACGUUCUGGUCUACGAGGGACCCGGCAUAGCGUAUACACCCUGAUGGCUGAAAUGGAAAUGAGACUCCGG